CUAAAUGGGCAAGAGGUGAACCAUUAAAACUCGAGGCACAUCUUGCAUUAAAUUGUUCUAAAGUGGAAGAUGAAGUUCGACAGAAUAUGAAAGUACUAUAUCAGUUAGUCGACUUGAAUGAGCCUUUAUUAAGAUAA